UGUGAUUGUCGGGUUCGUGGCGACAGAGGCUUGGUGAAAAUUGAAUACGUGGUUGCAAGACGAUGGUGGUCGAGCAAAGGAAUAUCGAGUUGUUAAAAGAAAACCAAGCAAAUGACGCUACGGGUCCGAAGGAACAGAAGACGUACUCGCUGGAAAUCUUAAAAAUCAUCAAAGAAGCACAGCAACAACAUGGGUUGAGACACGGAGACUACCAACGGUAUCGAGGCUAUUGUUCAAGGAGACUAAGGCGUUUGAGAAAAGUAUUAAAAGUUCCACAGGGAGAUAGACGCCAUUUCAAAAGGAAAGAUAUAACUGCUGUGAUGGUUAGCGACGACAAAUUUCUACAAGUUCCCCUGAUGAUGUCAGAACGUGCUUGGAGUUAUGCUAUGCAGUUGAGACAAGAAUCUAACACAGAGCCAAGAAAAAAAUUUCAUUUGAUAUCUAGACUAAAGAAAGCUGCUACUUAUUCCCUGCAGUUGCAGGAAUUGAUAGAGAACAUUAACUGCGAUGCAAGAACAAAACUAGAAGCUCAAGCCUAUGUUGCCUGGAUACACGGUUCCUUGCACUUUGAGCUACAAUUAUGGAAGAAAGCUAUGGAGAAUUUGAAGAAAGCUCAGGUAGUGUAUGGAAAGCUGGCCUCUGCACUACCAGAACUAGAGCAAGUGAUGUACAACGCGAGGGUGGAGGAACUUGCUCCUAGCCUUAGAUACUGCGCUUAUAAUAUCGGAGAUACCACUGCCAUAGACGACUUAAUGCAAAUGCGAGGUCAAUUGAGCGGAGAGCUGUUAGCUAGCUUAGACUCUUUGAUGGCCCAAACCCGUGAGAAACAGUCGAACACGGAAGAAGUAACAUGGCGCGGUAAAUCCUGCGGUAUGGUACCGCCUAGAGCAGCAGGUCUGCUAAUUGCGGACUCUAGAUUGAAUCAAACGUUGGAUAAAGCAGCCACAAAUGAAGCUAAGAUCGAUCUAUUGGAAGCACACUUGAUAGAUUGUAAAGACGCGAUCUCGGCUGUGAGAGACUUCUUCAAGAACGAGCUUAAGAACAAAGACAACGACAAGCUAACGGCACCACAACACCUAAUCACCUACCUACAAUAUAUUAGAUUGUCGCGUACCUUGGAGAGGAAUCUGGCACUGAUUAAGGCUGCUGAAGAGUCUGCUAAAGCGAAGCCACAGGACAUUGUAAGACUAUACGAAGCAGCUCUGCAUAAUCUCGUUGAGAUCUCACAGUUGCAGGACGAUGAAGAGUUUGUACGGGAACAGGAAGCUAAGACGAAGAGCUAUAGGGCCUUUAGAUGUUAUUACAUGGCCCAGUCUUUAGCAAAUCUUCACCGAUGGAGGGAAGCCAUGGCUCUGUAUCAGAGGUCCGCGCAACAUGUGAAAGAUGCACUAAAUUAUGGUAAAAUGCUUCCCGAGCCAUUGAAGGAGGCUCUGCAGAAAUUGGAGACCUCCAUUGAGGGUGCAAAGUACGCCGCCCAUGCGCACAGUGUGUUAGAAGAAGGGCAAGAAGAAGAACCUGGCACCAAUAAAUAUACUAAGACAAAGAAACCGCUGUACGAACGUUUACAGGAGUACAGAGAAGACCCAGCGCUUCUAACGAAGCAACCCAACGUUUAUAAACUACCACCAUCCAUGCAGCCUAUCCCCUGCAAACCGUUGUUCUUCGACUUGGCCUUCAACAUGGUCGAGUUUCCGGAUUUAAGCGAGAAAUUGGGAGACCAAGCCAAGAAGGGCGGCCAGGCCGGUCUCACAGGAUUCGUUAAAGGUUUAUGGGGCUGGGGAAAUAAAUAAAACAAGUCUAUUGUAAGCGAAAGAUACUGGAUUUUUGAUGUUAUCGCACGUGGUGCGGUAAUGCGUUUUUACCGGUUCUCAAAUAUCUCGAUGAGCAUCGAGUUUUCACUUAUACCAACAGCAAUAUUGAUUAAAGGAAAUAAAGAAAUAUUAUUAAUAUA